AUGGCCACUCUCCAGCCGCAGUUGCGGCACUUGGACAACAAAUAUUUGCGAAGUUUCUACCAAGAGGCAGAAUUCGAUUGGAAUCACAAUGUAGUAAAGGAAAUCGAAAGAAAAAUUACCAGAUUCGUGCAAAAAGUCUCCGAUUACAUCGGUGGCGAAGAUCCGCUGUUUAGGAAUACUGUCAUUCCAAGCGGCAGCUAUUUCGAAGGUCUCAAAGCAGUGGGCCCAGAUGAAUUCGACUUUAUGAUUUGUUUAACGGAAUUGUCAGAACCAGGUGUUUGUGUCAUAAAAGAUAUUGACAGAAAGGUUCCUGAUCCAGGUUACGUAGAUGUACAAAUUGAAGACGAGGAGGUUAGCGAACGGUGGAAGCAGUACAUUUCGAGACGUGGAAAUCUAAAGUCGGAUGUCCUCUUGAAUAGAUUCAAAGAUCUCAUUGAAAAAGCUGUAAUGAAAAAGAAGCGUCAUUUAAGAGGAUAUAUUGAUGAUUAUAUCGUGGUUGAGCUUAGAAAGAUACCUGUCACAGUCAAGUUAACCUGGAAAGGAAAAAAAUAUUCCAACUAUGAGAUAUGCCUCGACUUCCCUUUAUGCAUUAAAGGUCCCAAUUUAUGGCCAGCAGCAUCAGACAUACGAGAGAGACUUCGGGAUGGAAGCCAUCCCGGGUAUCAAGUUUUUCGAAAAGCUGUUGGGGCUGGUUUUCAUCUCGUUGCCUCAACGAUUGGAGAGGCAGGGAAACACAGGCCUUGCUGGCGUUUAUCGUUCUCCGUUGCCGAGGGCAUUGUUUUGAAGCACAUUUGUCGAAAUCCAAGCUUAAUUCACAAAACGGCACUCAAGGUUCUGAAAGUUUUACGAAAGAAGCACGAAGGCAGUCUGUGUCUCUACGAAGAUCCAGAUGAUCCGGAAGUCUCAUAUAAAAUACAGUGGGUCUUUCAUUCGUAUGUACUGAAGACGAUGUUUCUUCACGAAUGGUGUGAAUUUCCAGAUGAUUUGCUCUGGGGCUCUGAUCAGCUUGGAGAACGAGUUCAGGGUAUUUUAAAAAGGAUUCGAAGCAGUCUCAAAAACAAAGACAUUCGUAGCUUUUGGGUUCCAGAGUAUAAACUUUUCAAUUUUCGUGCUAGAAAACGUACCCAAACAAACAUCUGCAUGAACAACCUAACAUCGCUUAUACAAAAAUUCACGAUCUAA